AUGGACGCCUUCAAGGGGGGCAUGAGCCUGGAGCGGCUGCCGGAGGGGCUCCGGCCGCCGCCGCCGCCGCCGCACGACAUGGGGCCCGCCUUCCACCUAGCCCGCGCCGCCGACCCCCGCGAGCCGCUCGAGAACUCCGCCAGCGAGUCGUCCGACACGGAGCUGCCAGAGAAGGAGCGCAGCGGGGAACCCAAGGGGCCCGAGGACAGCAGUGCGGGCGGCGCAGGCUGCGGCGGUGUGGAGGACCCCGCCAAGAAGAAGAAGCAGCGGCGGCAACGCACGCACUUCACAAGCCAGCAAUUGCAAGAGCUGGAGGCCACGUUCCAGAGGAACCGCUACCCGGACAUGAGCAUGCGGGAGGAGAUCGCCGUGUGGACCAACCUCACCGAGCCACGCGUGAGGGUCUGGUUCAAGAACCGGCGAGCCAAGUGGCGGAAGCGCGAGCGUAACCAGCAGCUGGACCUGUGCAAGGGCGGCUACGUGCCGCAGUUCAGCGGCUUGGUGCAGCCCUACGAGGACGUGUACGCCGCUGGCUACUCCUACAACAACUGGGCCGCUAAGAGCCUGGCACCAGCGCCGCUCUCCACCAAGAGCUUCACCUUCUUCAACUCCAUGAGCCCGCUGUCGUCGCAGUCCAUGUUCUCGGCCCCCAGCUCCAUCUCCUCCAUGACCAUGCCGUCGAGCAUGGGCCCGGGCGCUGUGCCCGGCAUGCCCAACUCGGGCCUCAACAACAUCAACAACCUCACCGGCUCCUCGCUUAACUCGGCCAUGUCACCGGGCGGCUGCCCGUACGGCACACCGGCCUCGCCCUACAGCGUCUACCGGGACACGUGCAACUCGAGCCUAGCCAGCCUGCGGCUCAAGUCCAAGCAGCACUCGUCGUUCGGCUACGGCGGCCUGCAGGGCCCGGCCUCGGGCCUCAAUGCGUGCCAGUACAACAGCUGA